CAGACUAGCAAAGACGAGUGUACAAAUCCAUGUGCAAAUGUAUCAGAAGGCCAACCCCACUGCGAUCCCAACGCUUUUUGUAUUUUAAUGCCUGAUUCCUUUGAUUUCAAAUGUGAAUGCAAAGCUGGAUAUAACGGUACUGGAAUGCAGUGUACAGAUGUGUGCGAAGGCUUCUGUGAAAACGCUGGUCAAUGCGUGAAAGAUGUCAAGGGAUCGCCAUCAUGCAGGUGUAAAGGAUCUUUUACUGGUACUAAAUGUACUGAAAGGUCAGAGUUUGCCUAUAUCGCAGGUGGAAUCGCAGCAACAGUAAUUUUCAUUAUUUUGAUUGUACUCUUGAUAUGGAUGAUUUGUGCUCGAGCCAACAAACGGCGAGAUCCUAAAAAAAUAUUGUCACCAGCAACUGACCAAACUGGAUCGCAGGUAAACUUCUACUAUGGAGCGCAUACGCCAUAUGCGGAGAGCAUUGCUCCAUCUCAUCACAGUACCUACGCGCAUUACUAUGACGACGAAGAAGACGGAUGGGAAAUGCCAAACUUUUAUAACGAAAGUUACAUGAAAGAAGGUUUGCAAGGUACAAAUGGGAAAAUGAACUCACUAGCGCGUUCAAAUGCCUCUUUAUACGGAACGAAAGAGGACUUGUAUGAUAGACUGAAGAGACAUGCCUAUACUGGCAAAAAAGAAAAAAGUGACAGUGAUAGCGAAGGAAAUUAACUAUUAAACCAGCAAGAGUAGCUAAUCAUUGAAACAUAUCAAUACCAAGAUGAUGGUUGCCAUCCAUAAUGUCUCCGAUGAAGCAAUACUCAAUCAUCCAGUUAAGUGGAGAUAAUUAUAAUAUUACGGUAUCAACAUUUCGAACAAUAUAACUACGUGCAACAACACAACAAAUGACCUUUCCGUCUAGGUAUAAUAGGCCUGCUAGAAGGGCUUUUGUUAUGUUUUGAAGCGCUAUUGUCAACAUUUUUAAUUAAUUUAGGCUAGACUAGUAACAAUUAAUAAAACUGAUAUUCUUAAAUUCUGUUUUAAAAA